GAGAACUACAUUCACAUUCGCGUGCAACAGCGUAACGGACGUAAGAGCUUGACGACGGUGCAAGGACUCAACCCGAAGAUCAACAAGAAAUUGGUGCUCAAGGAUCUCAAGAAGAAGUUCAACUGCAACGGAUGCAUCGUUGAGGAUCCCGAUCACGGAGACAUCGUUCAGCUUCAAGGAGACCAGCGUAAGCAAAUCGCGACGUUCCUUCUCGAGGCGAAGAUUUCUAAAAAGGCGUUGAUCAAGGUGCACGGGAGUUAA